AUGGCUCCUCGAAACAUCCUGCUCGCCCUCGCUGCAGCACCAGGCGCUCUGGCAUACCCCUGGGUACAGAAUGUCGCUGGUGUGGACUCCUCCUUGCUCGAACGUGGUUACUCCAUAGAGGAGCGUGACUCCGCGCAGUGUCCAUUCAACGCUAACCAUGUCAACGCACCUCUGGUCACGGCUCAACACCCAUACAACAAUGCCAAGAAUGGACAGCCUGGCAACGGCAAGGGCGGCUACCUUGUCCCGGCCCCGGGCGACACUGUGCACGAGUUCAGAGCGCCGAACCCGCAGACUGACAUUCGUGGACCAUGCCCGGGCAUUAACGUGAUGGCCAACCAUGGUUUCCUGGCUCGUGAUGGCAUAACAACCUACAACGAGCUUGUGGACGCCCAGCAGAACGUGUACAACGUCGGCUAUGACUUGGCAAAUCUGCUCGCUAUUGCAGGUGUCGGGCUUGACGGUGACCUGGUUGGCACCACUAGAUUGUCCAUUGGGUGUGAUGCUACUUCGCGAACAGCCACUCCAGGUAACAUCCUGGCUGACGAGCUGGGACUAAAUGGCCACAACCAUUUCGAGGCUGAUACGUCGUUGACCAGAAACGACUACUUUCUUGCCAACGGAGACAAUUACCGAUUCAAUACGACUCUCUUCACCCAGAUGAUGCAGUAUUGCCAAGGGAACUGCAACCUCGAGCACCUGGCCCUGUACCGCGAAGCUCGAUUCAACGCCUCGAAGACCGACAACGGUAACUUCUUCUUCGGACCCGGUAGUCUUCUCCUUUACGGAGCCGCAAGCUUCUUGUAUGAGUUGAUGCCAACCGCUGGCGGAAUCGCUGACGAGGCUACAAUGAUGUCCUUCUUCGGUGCUGAUAAGGUCAACGGCCAGUAUGUCAAGAACAGUGGCGAGCGUCUGCCUCCAAACUGGCGCCCACGAAACGACCCAUACGACAACAACAAGGUCGGCGGUCAGAUCAUUGCCAUGUAUCUUCUCCACCCGGUUCCAUUCGGUGGCAACGUUGGACCCAACAACUAUCUUGGCCUCAACUUCUCGUCUUACAUUACCAAUGGCCAGCUCAACCAGCAGACGGCGAACUACGCGAUGUGUCUCAUCUAUCAGACACUGACUGGUGCCUUUCCUUCGGAGCUAGGCCAGUUGGUGAACCUCCCCGUGGAGGUACUGGGCGAUAUACAACAGAAAUUGCUUGGGUUCGGCAAGAACUUCGGAUGUCCACUCAACCCAAACAGUGGCGGAAGUGUCGAUGGUGCUCCGUGA